GGAUCUUACCCUAAGCCAUGCAUGGUCACACUCUUUAAAAAGGUGGUUUUCUAGAAGAUGACCAUAGAGGACCUCCCGGAUAUUCCAUUGGAAGGAAGCUCUCUGAUUGGAAGAUACCCAUUCUUAUUCACAGGCUCUGACACAUCUGUUAUCUUCUCUAUUUCUGCAGCACCGAUGCCUUCAGACUGUGAGUUUUCUUUCUUUGAUCCUAAUGAUGCAUCAUGCCAGGAAAUUCUCUUCGACCCCAAAACUUCAGUCUCAGAAUUGUUUGCUAUUUUAAGACAGUGGGUUCCUCAGGUCCAGCAGAACAUAGACAUUAUUGGAAAUGAGAUUCUUAAGAGAGGCUGCAAUGUGAAUGAUAGAGACGGACUGACGGAUAUGACUCUGCUACAUUACACUUGCAAGUCUGGGGCUCACGGCAUCGGUGAUGUUGAGACAGCUGUAAAAUUUGCAGCUCAACUUAUUGACCUCGGAGCAGAUGCGAGUUUGCGGAGUCGCUGGACAAACAUGAACGCCUUGCAUUAUGCUUCGUACUUUGAUGUCCCAGAGCUUAUAAGAGUGAUUUUGAAGACAUCGAAACCAAAAGAUGUGGAUGCCACUUGCAGCGACUUUAAUUUUGGGACAGCCCUGCACAUUGCAGCACACAACUUGUGUGCAGGAGCUGUGAAAUCCUUGCUGGAGCUGGGGGCGAACCCUGCAUUUAGGAACGACAAAGGACAGAUCCCUGCAGAUGUUGUUCCAGACCCAGUGGACAUGCCUCUGGAGAUGGCCGAUGCUGCAGCAGUCGCUAAGGAAAUCAAGCAGAUGCUCUUAGAUGCCGUGCCUCUGUCCUGUACCAUCUCCAAGGCCAUGCUUCCAAACUGUGACCACACUACUAGCAAGGCCAUGCUGGCAUCUCUUGGCCUGAAGUUGGGGGACCGUGUCGUCAUCGCAGGACAGAAGCUUGGAACAUUAAGAUUUUGUGGAACAACAGAGUUUGCAAGUGGGCAAUGGGCUGGCAUUGAACUGGAUGAGCCAGAAGGGAAAAAUAACGGCAGUGUUGGCAGAGUCCAGUACUUCAAGUGUGCCCCCAAAUACGGUAUUUUCGCGCCUCUUUCAAAGAUAAGUAAAGUAAAAGAUGGGAGGAAAAACACCACACAUCCUUCCACGAGAGCUGCCCUUCACACCCGAUCCCAGAAGGUUGAUGUAGCCCAUGUCACAUCCAAAGUAAAUUCCGGGUUGAUGACAUCCAAAAAAGAGAAUGCUUCUGAAUCCACACUGUCAUUGCCUCCGAGUGAAGAACUGAAAACUGUUGCAGAAAAUGAUGCUACCCAACCUGGGUCUGUCAGCAGCUCCUCCUCCACGUCCUCCCUGGACCAGAAGCAGAGCUACCCAAAGAAGCUGACCACAAGCAGCAGUGGCAAGAAGACCUUGAGCAAAAGUUCCUCUCUCCCGGCCAGAGCCAGUGCUGGUUUGAAAUCUUCAGCAACAUCUGCAGCAAAUAACACUCACCGUGAAGGAGCACUCCGCCUUGGAGAAAGGGUGCUGGUGGUAGGCCAGAGAGUGGGGACCAUUAAGUUCUUUGGGACAACAAACUUUGCUCCAGGGUAUUGGUACGGCAUAGAGCUGGAGAAGCCCCAUGGGAAGAAUGACGGUUCGGUUGGAGGUGUGCAGUAUUUUAGUUGUUCUCCAAGAUAUGGAAUAUUUGCCCCCCCGUCCAGGGUACAGAGGCUAUCAGAUUCCCUGGAUACGCUUUCAGAAAUAUCUUCAAGUAAACAGAAUCAUUCUUAUCCUGGUUUUAGGAGAAGUUUCAGCACAACCUCUGCUUCUUCUCAAAAAGAGAUUAACAGGAGAAAUGCUUUUGCCAAGACCAAGACCCUGCGCCGCAGCUGGAGCAGUUCUACCACGGCGGGUGGUCUGGAGGGGACCAUGAAGCUCCAUGAGGGGUCUCAGGUCCUGCUUACGAGCUCUAAUGAAAUGGCCACGGUUAGGUACGUGGGUCCCACGGACUUUGCCUCGGGCAUUUGGCUUGGACUGGAGCUCCGAAGUGCCAAGGGGAAAAACGACGGUGCCGUGGGUGACAAGCGCUAUUUCACCUGUAAGCCAAACUACGGAGUGCUGGUUAGACCAAGCCGAGUGACCUACCGAGGGAUUAGUGGGUCAAAGCUCAUCGAUGAGAGUUGUUGAGUUAACCGCCUAAAGCAUUGAGCUUCUCUGCAUAUGUGUAUGUGUUAGAUGAAAAAUAGGAUCUAUCUCAAAGGGUUUACUUUACUUAGCUAUAUAUUAUGGGAAAGCUAAAAAUAGAGCAAUCUUCUUAAAAUCUCCAAAGGAACACAAGUAUGAACUUUGAGGGUCAUGGUUCUUUUGAAAAUAAUUUCAGAAUAAGCACUUUUUAGAAACUUUAGGUCCCUAGGAAAUUUUGGGACUCAAAAAAAAAUUGCUACUUAGCAAUAUGUUGUGGUUACUUUGCCAUCUGGCUUCAUUUUUGCACAAGGUGUUAGGUUCUUCACAUAGUGAAAGUUGUCACCUCCCACUUCAUGACGUUCACAUGACCUGUUUCCUAUCCAGGUGUUCUAGAAUGUUCCUUUCCAUCCUCUGUGGUUUGUUACUAAAAAGUACCUAGAGAGCAGUCACUAGACAGCUGGUGUAUCUUAUAUAUGGUAGGCUCACUUGCCCUCCGGGGAUAGGCUCCUGUGAGCAGUUAGAACCUGGAAGGAGGGGCCCCUGGGUGAUGUCUGGCUUCACCUCAUACCCAUUCUCAACCACAGAGAUAGGAUUCCCUUCACCAGAACCACUGACUGGCUGGUUAACAGAGCUGAGCGUAAACAUGGGUCUUCUGACUCAGUGCAUGCCUCGGCACACAGUGUGCUCUCAGGUUUCCCUUCUGCUGCUCAACCACCCCACCUGUACACACUACCAGAGACUUGCAGUUAAGCUUGUGAACUCAAGGUAGAACCUUUUUUGCACACUUAUUUAACAUUGUACGUUCCCGACAUGCACAGCACUUUUGAAACAUGUUGCACUUUUUACUUUUUGAGACUUUGCCUUCAUUUCCUCCUGGGAUAUAAAAAACUUUAAAGAAGUAUUUCAGAGUAGAGUAAAUUAAAAUGUGUUGGGCAGGGUGUGUUAUCUGUGUGGAUGUUCGUGGUGUCUGGGCUUGGGGUGGGGUCAGAGAUGAGCUGGAGCUGCUGAGUUGUGCCCACUACACAGCUGCAGAGCCAUGCUGAUCAUUCAUUGUCUUGGGCCCAUGUUAAACUAGGCUUCAUGAUAGUGAUGUAAUAAUGUUACACAUUUGUCUUGUAGUUAUGUAUUGAAGUUUCUGGCCUGUUCUGUGUAAAAAGUCAUCCACUAUUGUAAAUAUUUAGACUUGAAACUACCACACAAAUAUUGGAACAGUUUGUUUUAUGAAAUUAAAAGUAUCCUUCUGAAUGGAACUUGCUUUUUGCUCAGACAUAUACUGUGCUGAACUAUUUUGCAAUAUACUAUCUUAAAUCUAAAUCUGGUCACUUUGUUGCCUUUUUAAAAAGUGUGGUAUUUCAAAUAGAGUUAUUUUCCUGAAAUAUAUUUGCAAACUCAAGCUGCUUUAUAAUCAAGGAAUAUUUUUAUUGAUUGAAGAAAAUGACUGCUGCAAUUCAAAAGUGAACUUAUUUUAUUAUAUAGAUGAUUUCUUAAAAGCUAUUUAUACCAUAAUAUAAAAUCCACAACUGUAGUGAGCCUGCGAGUCUGUAGUUCUUCCUGUUAAUAAUACUCAGUACUGUAUGUUAGAGACAGCAAUGCCAACACGGAAGUUAUUUUUGAGCUAUAAAAAAAAAGUUGUUCUUUUCCUGUUUAGAUGGGGAUUAUGAAAUCCGUAUAAUGUAUAUGCUUAUAUAUGCUACAUGUGCAAGUUAGGUGUUUCCUCUUGUGUUGUGCUUAUUAGAUGUCAUUCAGAUUCACUUCUCAAACACUAAUAAAGAGGGAAGCUGUUGGA